UUCCCAUUUUUCUUCUUUGAGGUUCCACAACGAAGAGAAAAUGACUAUUCCAAAUUCCAUGGAUGCCGACGAAGCUUCGCCGUAAAUUUGAGACCAGUGAGAUGCUGGCAACGUUCCUGGCAUCGACGCCAUUGUUGUCGGAGUCAUGGAAGCUGUGCAGCCUGGCUAACACCGCCGCACCGUGGAGUUUCGUGACGGAGCGAAUCGGCAGCGUCGUUUAUGUUGCUUUCUCGGGUGUCCAAAUGGCCGGCGGGUCCGAUGCGAGCUGGUGGAGCCCGGUAGCUCUAGAUAGUAUUGGCGACGUGGCGUUGUUUUCAUCUCGUCGAAAUAUCGAAGGCGGGGAGCCGGCGAUGGUGUACGCUGGGAUGCUUAAUCUCUUCCAGUCAUUGUUCCACUCAUUACAAAACCAGAUGUUUGCAAUAAUAAAAAGUACAGAUGCAAAGUCCAUCGUCAUCACCGGGCAUUCCCUUGGAGGAGCCAUAGCCUCUCUGAGUACUAUUUGGUUCUUGUCUUGCCUCCGAUCCAUCUCGUCUGCUAUAUCAGUCUUAUGUAUCACUUUUGGCUCGCCGUUACUGGGAAACAAGUCUUUGUCCCAAGCCAUUCUCAAAGAAAGGUGGGGGGGCAACUUCUGUCACGUCGUCUCAAAUCAUGACAUAAUGCCAAGGAUGCUAUUUGCUCCUUUGCAACCUCCUCUCACUGCCCACCUGAACUUCCUGCUUCAGUUUUGGCACUUGUCCAUGGCUUCACUUGAACUUCGAAGGGUUGCAGUUCAAAUUUCUGAACCAGACAUUGCUGAUUUGUUCUCCUUCGUAGUGGCUUGCUUGGGUGCAGCAGCAAAACCCGAUGGAGAGGGAUCUUCGCAAAUUUCAUUUCACCCAUUUGGCAGCUAUGUCUUUGCUUCAGAGAAAGGAGCAGUGUGCGUGGAUAGUGCAACAACAGUAAUACAGAUGAUGCAUUUCAUGUUUGCACCCAGUUCUCCAGCUUGCAGUAUUGAUGAUCAUCUAAAGUAUGGAGAUUACGUAAAUCAUUUGUCCCUGCAAGCCUUUAAGAGGAAUUGCGAGCAGGCGAACAUUUCUGACUCAAGCUACGAAGCCGGGCUUGAAUUGGCCUUGAAGUCCUCAGGGGUCCCUAGCCAGGGAUCAGUUGCCAUGCCCAUCAAGGAAUGCUUACGGAUGGCAAGGAGAAUGGGUCGCUCACCAUCUCUAAAACAUGCCAGCCUAGCAGUCACAUUAUCUAAGUUUGUACCUUACAGAGCUGAAAUAGAAUGGUACAAGUCAUUGUGUGAUCAGGCGGAUGAUCAGCUUGGGUACUAUGACUCAUUCAAGAGGAGGGGCUCUUCAAGAAGGGGCAUGAAAAUUAACAUGAACCGUCUCAAACUUGCCAGGUUCUGGAACAAUGUAAUUGACAUGAUGGAAAGCAAUCAGCUACCUUAUGACUUUGAUAGGAGCAGAAAAUGGGUCAAUUCUUCUCAGUUCUAUAAACUGUUGGUUGAGCCAUUAGAUAUUGCAGAGUAUUACAGGAAAGGGAUGCACAGAACCAAGGGACAUUACAUACAGCACGGUAGAGAGAGAAGGUAUGAAAUUUUUGAUAGAUGGUGGAAGGAUAGAACGCCUUCUGCUGCAGAAGGAAAUCAUGUGAGGAGCACAUUUGCGAGUUUGACCCAAGAUACAUGCUUCUGGGCAAGGGUAGAAGAAGCAAGGGACUGGUUAGAUAGUGUUAGAAGUGAAAUUGACAUAAGCAAGGAGGCUCAUUUGUGGGAUAACAUCGAGAAAUUUGAAAAUUAUGCUGCUCAACUCAUUGAAAAUAAGGAGGUAUCCAAAGACGUUCUGGCUAAAAACUCAAGUUACAGCGUAUGGGUGGAGGAGUUAAGAGAACUGAGAGAAAUGAAAGCAAAAGUGCAGAACUUUCCUUAUCAGUUUACCCGUUUUGUGAACGGGGGAGUAGUUCCUUAAUUAGUAUGCAAUUUGAAUCGUGUAAGCCUUACUCUUUGCUUGUAAGCUAAUUAUGUCUGAGUCUCCCAGAACAGCUUCUGCUGCAAAAUAACUUGUAUGCUGCUUUAUGACUGUAUGCCAUCAGGAUAUCCUUACGUACGUAUUAAAAGCAGGGAAAAAGUGAGUGAUAAAUUAUCCUUGCCUGUUUUACCCAAGUGAACGAACGUUUACUUCAGGAACUUGCAAUUCAUUAAUAAUGAUGUAAGUAGGAUCAAGUCGCAUGGUUUAUACCUUGGGAACAAUACAACUUGUAAUAAAUAUAAGUAAUACAUAACAUAAGUUUGUGUGUGUAUUCAAUAUUGAUAUCUUAUUAUGAACAUGAAAA